UCUCCUCUCCUCUCCUCACCCCAGCCAGCCAGAGCCUGCUCCCUGCUCCGGCUCCAGCCGGACUCCACCUUUGCACGCCGAAGCAAAUUUUUGCUGAGGCCAAAAGCGGCUUUAUUCAAAGUUUAAAUGUCAGAUUUACUCGUAUUACACAAGCUUGAGGAAAGUGACUGAGUAUGAGUGCCUAAAAAAGAACACCUGAGGGCUGUCGUCGACUGCAGUAAACAAGCAGAAGACAAGCAACGAAAUAAAACUAAACUAUCCGGGCCUUGAGGGCACCUCGCAAAACUGAUUUAACUUCGCGUCUUUUUUUGAUUUUGGAAUCAACUCCGAAAUGUCGCGAAGUGCAGAGGAGCAGCAGAUCUUAGAUCAGCGGAUCCAGGCUAUGAAGCAGAAAAAUGAAGAGCUUCGGAGAAGACAUUUGGAAGUAGAGGCAGACAAGCAGUCGGCUGCCAAACAAAACGCGCUUGUUAAAAUGAAUGUUCCUCUUGAUGAUGACUGGGUUCCUGGGAGACACGAUGACAAUCCUCGCCAUGAUCGUCAGCAAAAUGAGGGCCCCUCUCCACCACAUGAAAGAGGAGAUGAUAACGGUCAGAGAUAUGAACAGCGUAGACACAGAAAUGAUGGACAAAGGGAUGAAAGGUAUAGUCACAAUCAAAGGCAUUUUCAAAAUUCCAACAUGAGGAGAUCUGAUCAGCAAGGAUCCCGUCAGAGACCGGACGAUGAUAGAUUUUAUGGUAAUGAAAAUAGGCGCUCUGGAGAGUACGGGGGACGGUCCAAUGAUGGCUCUAGCAGUCGAUCUAAAGAAUGGGUGCAACAUGGCCAUAGAGGUGAAGGAGGCCAACAAUCAUCCUUUCCUUCCAAGGUUUUCAAGAACAGCUCCAUAGAAUCUGAUCGCUCGAAGCGACCUGCAUACAGAUUGGCGGAAGGUGAUGGUCCUCCUCCAGACCCUUCAUACUCUUUUCUGGGGGAUUCAAUGAGGGAUUCCCGAGAGACAGGAGAGAGAAGGGGACAACCCAACAGACGGGGUUUCCAGAGAGGUCGUGGACGUGGUGGACAAACAUGGAAUAACCGCAACUAUAAUGACUUCAGGAAAGAUGGAUUUGAUGAUCGCAAAGAUGGGCCUCCCACAAAUUUUGAUGGUAACAGGCGGCAAUCGGACGAUGCUUGGCGCCGGGAAAGGAGUUUAAUUGAUCAAGAAAGAAUUAAUCGCCAGAAAACUUCUGACGGAAACUGGAGUAGAGAGUGGGACAACCACAAAGUCUUACAGGAUGGUGAUGAUCGACCUAAUAGGUGGAGAAGAGGUAAUCAAACCCAAAAUUAUGAUCGAGGUCAGCCCCGUAGAGGUUUUCAGGAAGAAUAUGGAAAUGGUCCUAAACAAAGCUACUCUCCAAGAAACAAUACCCAUGGAAAUAUUACGGGACAUGAUUCUGCUGGCAAAGAUGAACAUGAUGAGUCCUCUAGGAACAAAUUUAUUCGCAGAGGUCGCUUCUCCAAUCAGACCCGAUACAAAGACAACACAAGGCAUGACAAUGGAUCAGGUGAAAAACCCUCCUCCAAUAUAACUGUGGAAACUCCUAAAGAAGCAGAGGAUGCUGUUCUCAUUGAGAGUCAUGUUAAAUCGGUGGAAAAACUACAAGUUUCUGUUGUUGUUGAUCCCAUGGGGUCGCAGAAGCGGUGUGUUGAGGAAGUUGGCGGGAAUCUUCUUCUUACAAUGAGUCAAGAUGCUGCAAUUCCUGAUUUUAGCAAAAACAAUGAACUGAAACGUUCUCGAAAGAGUCCAAGAAAAGCUAGAAGAAAUAGAGUUCUCUCAACAACAAGCACAGGGACCACCACAGGCACUGCAGAAGAAGAUGGAUCUUGGGAAGAUUUGUCUUCUGAUGAAGGGAAUGUUUCAAUUCUAACAGACCUCCAAAGAGCCCCUGACCAUGAUCUGGGAUUAUCCAAGUCUAUUGAUGUCUCUUCAGGGCCAGAGUCAUUGGACCCUAUUCCAGCUCCAGGAAAGGAAGAUGAAUUCCUUUGGGAUGAUUUUCACCCUGCAGGGUUCCAGGACAAUGCUACUUUGGACUUAGAUGCUGAGGCUGCAUAUCAAGCUCUGUUAAAUGAACAAGCAAAACAAGAAGUCAAUGAAGAUGGGUCUUCCCACUCCCAUAAAGUUUCUUUUAGAUUGGAUACUUCAUGCCUUGAAGAUAGUGGUGAUGAAUUAGAUGGGGCUAAAUUAGAUCCUCUCCUUGUCACCACCCAAAUCGUUCAAGCUGAAGUUGACUGCAUGUCCCUCACUUCCAUUCCUACGGACACUUCUUUACCAGAGGACCUUUCCCAGCUUGUAAGAAGUAAAGGUGUGAAAGAUGAGAAGAUUACUGAGGAGGAUACAAGCAAUGUGGCUGGUUCUGGAAUUCAUGAGAAGACUGUUUCAGCAGAGGAACUUUCAGGCCCUGUCUCAAUUUUAGAUAUUCCACCCAGUUGUGUACAAGAAUUAGAGCAAGAUGGUCCCAGGGACACUCCUAUCAAAAGAGAAGACGGUGAACUGUCCAAUAUUGAAUCAAGCAGUCACAUUAUGAAAGAAGAAGCUGAGAAUGCCAACAUUCAGUUGAUUAAAGAAACUGAGUGUGCCCCUAAACUGGAAUUGGGUACACCAAUUUCUCAAAAAACAAAUGAUAUCAUAUGUCUCAAAGAAGAGGAGAAUGAUGACAAAUGUAACAAAUUAUCAGCUGAUCUUUCACAAAAUGACCAAACUAAUAAAACUGAUGGCAAUGGAAAAGUGGAAGAUAUUAAAACUAAUGCUUCCUCCCUCAUAUCUCAUGAAAGUGAUCCUAAGUCUAAAGUGUUAACACCAACCGCGAAGGAGAGCAUUGUUGAAGACGAAGUUGUUGACGAGAAAGGCAAUGGAAGCAAUAUUUCCUCACCACAAACUCAAGAAAAUGAAUCUGAGAUCAAAAAGUUAUCUCCCACAGUUAGAGAGAGUUCUGCUGAUCAUGAAGUUAUUGGUGAGGAAGGCAAUAAAAUCAAUGUCUCUUCACUGAAAACCCAGAAAAGUGAGUCUAUGGACAAAGAACUAAUGCAAAAAGUAGAGGAUGCUGAUCAAACCAUUGCAUGUGCUUCAUCAGAGAAAACUAUUGAAACUGAAAGUACAGGACCUGAAAAAUGUACAGAAAGUGUGCCGGAAAAUAUUGAGUCUCUAAAUGAGAACAAAGAGAUAAUGUGAGAGUAGGUAUUAUCUGUAAUUAAUUACCUAACAGAGCUGACUUUAAAUUUAGGAAAAGAAUUUCCUAUAGAUAGAUAUUGUUGAGAUUACCUUUUAAAAAUGUUUGACUUGCUUUUGGAGGAGUUGACUCCUUUCAUAACCAUAAAUUUAUGAAUGUAUUAUAAUUUGUACAUUUCUGAGCUGAACAAGUCCUCUCUUGUUCUCUUCCCCUCUUUCUUCUUUUUUUUUUUUUCUUUUUUUGAA